GUUUUAUUAGACAGAAAUCAGGCGUUCCUUAUAUUGACUUCUAAAUUGCAACCGGUUUGAAGUCUCACUGAAGUUUCGUCUGCCUGACUUUUAUUUUCACACUCGUGUUACUGAUAAUUGUCAUCGAUUGCUCUUCUUGUUAAAACUCCCCUCACAUUACCCUACGCGCUGUGUUAACACCGAUGUUUAUUUUUCCGAACACUUCGUAUUGUCAGUACUACAAGGGAAAUAAAGUCACAAAGUGUUGCCAUUAAGAUAUGCCACUUCCUAAACAUACAGUUCAACCGGUAAAACUCAGUCAGGUAAUUGUCCCGAAUGGCAUCGACAAUGAGUUGGAAUUUGUGGUUAAUUCCACGGUCUGCAAUGUCAUGAGACAGAUAGCAUCAGUUAGCCGAUUGGCCAACACCAUGUUCGAAGAACUCACUACCGAUUUUUCUCGAUUAGUUGAGCGGACUGUUCGUCUGCAAAAUCGUCUGGGAAAACUUCAUGAAGAUAUGCAAAUGGCGCGCAGUGGUGACGAAGACCUUACUGCUGGAGUACAAGAAGUUGAGAUUCCGGUGUUCUCUAGCAAAAAGCCAACUGAUAGCCAGGUAUUAAAUCAAAAUACCAUACCUCCUUCUAUGCGGUCACAAUAUGAUCAAGCAGAAGCAGCUCCAGCACUUCAACAAAUGGAUGAACUCAGAGAUGACAAGAAAACUAGCAUGAGGUUGUAUUCAGAUCCCAGCUUUUUCUUUGAUUUAUGGAGUCAGGAAAUGUUACAAGAUCGCAAACAUAAAAGAGCCGCCAAGAAAAAAAGACCAAAAGGAAAGGGAAAAGCUGCUCCACUUAAAAGUGGAUCUAAUCAGGGGGCUCAGAAACCUCAACUUAUCAUUCAGCAACCAGGAGUUGGUGGUCAUAAACUUCCCGCACCGUUAUUCGAACAAAACGGUUCUGUUAAUGCCAGUUCUCAUAUGGAUAGGAAUGUCAAUAUUGUCAACGGUAAACCCACCCAACAUCAAUUUCUGAAUAAUGGGGAUUUCGGAAAUCCUUCAUUACCACCUCCGCCACCUCCACCAAAUGCUCUUCAUUCUUCAACACAAGUUGAUAAUGCACAGGAUUUUCGACACGCAUCUAAUCAAAAGAGUGGUUAUUGUCCAAUUAAACCUGACCUUGAUGGUGUCAAUCAGUUUCCUUCAGUUACCAACAACAUUUGUAGCAACCAUGACCCUUCACCAACCCAUCAGAUGACUCUUCCUGACCCUCCCGCACUCCAUACACAGAUGGCAUCUCUUAUUUUACCACCACCACUUCCUCCGGCGUUCUCGAGCGACAGAGAGUUAAAAGUCUCAGACAUGAGCGAAAAUUCACAUCCGAAUGAUGAAGCUGCUAGCAGAGACCCAACUGGAAAAGAUGAAGAUGGUAGGAUAUCAUCACCCGCACAAAUGCAUGAUGGCAAAGAGAAACAGUCUCAGUAUAUUAAUUCUGUAGGUAUGGAAUCGUCAUCGGCACCACACAAUCUUCCUCCACCUCCUCCCGCGCCGAUUUUCGAGGCGAAGAACUUCAGUGAGCCUUGUAAACCCAACAGACAGCCUAGCGAGUCGGAUACUUGUGAUCAUAUAUCCGCUUCUUCGACCCUCCCUCCUCCAGUGACUCCUUUUGUUGUUUCGCCACCUCAAACAUCUAUUCUAUGCUCAUCUACACAACCUCCACCACCCCCACCUCCACCUCCCUUCAUACCAAGCCAGAAAGUUGAAUCUGAAAGUCCAAGCAACCAAGCAACUUUACCAUCAAAGAACACUAUCCCACGAUGUAGUGUACCUCAGUGUCCUCCUGCAGAUUUGCUUUCUGCUAUACGCGCUGGCUGUCAGUUACGCAAAGUGGGUGAACGAAAUCUUCCCGAUCAAUCGAAAUUUAGCCGUGCAAAUAGUUUAUCAACUCUGGUAAACAAACCUAAGGAUGUUCAAUACUCGUUCUACUGUCUACGAAACUGUAAUUAAUUAGUUUGAAUAAUAUCCUUAUUGUCAACGGGAGUCAUCUGGAAUAUCCUUAGAAUCAGGAAGCAUUGUUUUCCGAUUGCCCUAGGUGGGUCCUGCAUGUCCACCAAUCCUGUUAAAUCACCGGACCACUCACUUUCCGUCCUCUCAAUUUCGUAAAUAUUACCCUCGCUACACACACCCAAGAGUUCCAUUGCUUUCUCUCUCUGUAAGUAGUUACAUUUCUUGAUCAAGUUGGUUUAGUAUUUUCUCGUAGUAGCCUAUUUCAGAACUGAUUAAUCCGUAGCUGUUAUCCUGCGUGAUAUAUUAUCUUGUGUUUAUUCUGUUUGACUUCUUUAAGUAUUUUCCUAUUUUUCAUGUUUUCAUUUUCAGGCGAUUUAUGAAGCUGUUAGGCGUCGUCGGGAAUGUAUGGAAAAUAAUUCCUCGGAAGAUGACGAUGACGACAAAGAUGCAGAUAGUAAUUCUUCCGGUUGGGAGGACUAGCUCUUAUUUAUCGUAACAAAAAAUGUAUUAGGCCAUGUACCAGUUUCGUUUUUAUCUUCUGCCAGCAACACGUUUUUUUAACACAAUGCCCAUCUUUGUAUACUUACAUUUCUACUUACGUCUUUCUAUAACUUUUGGUUUUGCUUUGUUCAUGUUCUCAUCUUUUUCUUCGAUUAUUAUUUAUUAGCUGUAUAUAAAUGUACAAUUCCGUUCACAUAGGCAUGUACUUAUAUGUCUUCAUUAACGUAUGAUGUUUUCUCUGGUUACUUUACUUCAAUAAUUUGAGGUAAGUUAAAGUUUGGCAGACCAUAAUUAAAUUUUUGUGUCUUUCUGAUAAUCUGGAGGUUCUAUUACGAAGACCACUUCAAUAGAUUGUUACGCAUUGAUUUCGCAAAUUGUUAACCUCUUGAAAUUUUGUUUUGUUAACGAUUAUUGGUGGGAUAAUGUUAAAAUCCCUUUCUUUUGUUUUAGGAGUAUUACUAUGAUUGCUCAAAUGUCAUUGAAAAAAUAAAUCAGUUAUGAUUUUAUAGGUAACCUAGUCAUUAUUGAUCUAACAAUGCUUAAGAUCAAAAAAUACAUUAGACUAACUUCUCAUUAGUAAUUUGUGUCCAAUGACAUAUUGAUUGUUUUAUUAUAUGUAAAAUUUCAGGGCUGAUUUCAUUGUACUCAUUUCCUAACCAUUAUGAGACUAAAAUCAAGUUCAAUUUUAUGUGUCUGGUUAUCGUGCAGUCAAAAUAUUAUUAUUCCCACUUUAAAGAAUAGUUUCUCUUUCUGCUGUUCUUUGUCCCUUUGGUAAACAACUAUGUUCAUUUAUUUUUUAUGUUCCGGUGAUUGUGAUCAAUGCGAUUUUACUUCUUGCUUUAAUUGUAGUUGAACGAAAUACCGUCGUUUUACCAAAACAUUUAUAUGCAUAUUUUUUGUUGGUUUCAGUUGCUUUAAUGCUGUUCAACUCAUACAAGUAUGAAUGUCAUUAAUCCCUAAAAAUCUUAUUUACAUUCAUUUUUCAGAAUUUUACUAAUUUUAAGUAAGGUUUACGGACCGUAAUGAUAAUCUGUUUGCCUCUGAAUAAUAUUUUCCUCUACUGAUUUCUUAACUUGCUAAAGUAAUUUUUACAGCUUUUUUUCGAAUUAAAUACAGACUAUGGUUAUAUGCUCUUAUCUCCAUUUAGUCACAGACAAUCCGUAACUUUCAGUUUUUUUAUUAUUAGUUAAAUCGUUUCUGUAAGGUGUAUGUUGAUCUUAUGUCGUUAACUUAUUUAACGUUGCGAUAGACCUGUGCAUCUAUUUGCUGACUAGUGUGAAUACGAAGAUAUUCGUUGUCAUAAUGAAUAGAACUGUUUCUGGUAGUUAUUAUUCAAUGAAAUUUGUAUUGCUUCAAUAGUUUCUUCAAAAUAUCCUUUAGACCUUUUGUUUUGAGUAUUUAUAACAUGUCAUUUAAUGUAUCCCAGUACUUUAAUACAUCUUGGCUUUCAUUUUUGAAAUUAGAUGUGCUUAAUACUGAUCUGUUAACAAUAUAAACGAAAUCGUGCAUGCACGUAGUCUUCCACUGACGAAUUGUAUUGUUUAGCUGAUAAUAUAAGAUUCAGACCAAUU